GUUUCCAAGAUCCAGGAUUGGGUUCGAAACGGAUCGCCGAAACAAAGAGGGGCUACACGACCACGUAGAAUGGCGGAAGAGAAGGACGCGAGUGAGCAUGAGCUCGAGCAGCUCCAAUUCAAGGUCAUCAUCCUUGGCGACGGCGCUGUCGGGAAGACAUCGAUUGCGAUGCGCCACACCGAGAACACCUUCUCCAACGUCUACAAGCAAACAAUUGGCCUCGACUUUUACCUCAAGCGUCUUGCCCUGCCAGGUGACGUUCAAGUCGCGCUUCAGCUUUGGGACAUUGGUGGCCAAACCAUUGGCGGCAAGAUGCUCAAAAACUACAUUUUUGGCGCCCACGCCGUCCUCCUCGUAUAUGACAUCACCAACUACGAAAGCUUCCAGAACCUCGAGGACUGGUUACGCCUUGUGCAGCGCACAUUUGGGGACUCGAAGCUGCCCUACAUUGGCCUCUGCGGCAACAAAUGCGAUAUGAACCACCUACGGACGGUCAAGGCUGCCAAGCACAAGCAGUUUGCCGAUGAAAACGACAUGAAGAGCUACACGAUGUCGGCCAAGACGGGCGACCAGGUCAACUCGACGUUUUUCCAAAUUGCAGCCGACCUCGCCGGCAUCAUUGUGACACGCCCCGAAGUUGAGAUCACGACACCGAUUGUCAAGGCAACGAUCAUCAACCACGACCAGAACGACCCGGAUGUCGCGGCGCCCGACAUGCGGCGGCCGGACAAGAAGUGCUCGAUCCAGUAGGAGGUUCGUGGCAAGAGAAAAUGAGGAUGAGAUGGGCACAUUGCCUGCAUUGCAUUAUCUAAAUUCCAAGUGGCCGGUGAGAGUCGCUUGGGUCGUCA